CCCAACACCCCAACACUUUCACCAAAAUUCUGCUUUGGUUUAAUCAAAGGUUUUGUAAAGUAGGAAAAAGAGACUGAGUGACUUGCAUAAGCCAUUUUGCAUCGAAGAAAACAAACAAAUAUUGGACCAUGUUUAUGUAUAAUAGAAAAGGUGUGAAAUUCUAAUUAAAAUAAUCUGCUGAAAUUGUGAACACUGAUAUUCUUCAUAUCCAUUGAGUUUAUCUACACAUCAGUAAUGGAGCAGAGUCUCUUUAUACUUCUGUUUUUCACAGGAUUUGUUCCUCUUGUCCUGUCUGUCCCUCGCCGGUACUAUCUGGUCCAGCAGAGGAAAACCUGGAGUGAUGCUCAGGCUUACUCCAGAGCCACACACACUGACCUGGCUAUCAUCGACAGUAAUGACAACAUGGUCCGACUUCAGAAAGAAGCACAGAGUCAACAAUUCAGUUCCAGUGCUUGGAUUGGACUCUACAAUCCCAUCAACAGCUGGCGCUGGUCAGUGGGGAAUAAACCACUGGGAAGCACGGGAUGGAGUUCAGGUGAACCCGACAACGUUGGUGGACAUGAGGAGUGUGGCGCGAUUACUCCCUGGGGUUGGGGGAUGUGAGCUGUACUUGGCCACUCCCCUCUGUCUGUU